AUGGGGCCGACUCUCUCGCCGGCGAGCCGCGGUGACGCCUUUCGGGGAACCCCCGGUGCAGGGGCGCCUCAGCCUCGGGGGAACCCUGAAGCUGGCGCAGCCCAGGAGGAAGCGCCGCCGCCGCCGCAGCAGCACCGGCUCUUCUUAAUGAAAGGUGGAGUUUUUCUUGCUACUGUUGCUACUGCAGGAAUUCUAGCAGGUUUUGGGACGACGCUUGCCACGGCCAAAAAGAAAAAUCCUAACUGGUUCAAUAAGGGUGUAGUUGCUACAGCCGCUUCACCAGAGAGUGGUGCGUCACUUGCCUUACGAGCCCUAGGAUGGGGUUCACUGUAUGCCUGGUGUGGAGUGGGACUGAUCAGUUUCGCUGUCUGGAAGGCUUUGGGUGUUCACAGUAUAAAUGAAUUCCGGAACAAAAUUCAAUCUAUACUUCCAUCAGUUCCCAAAAAUGCAGAGCACCCAGUUGAAUGGGAGGACAUUCUGAAAUCCAAGUGACUGGCACAUGGAGGCACU